AUGGUCUCGACAGAUGAGUACUACAUCGACGAAGAAGCGCCUAUAGUGCACGCAGAUCAUCUACCGCUGCAAAGGAUAGAUCCUGAGGAUCAUAGUAUUGAGAUUAUUCAGUCGCCGGAACUUAGUACUCCUUGCACUACUUCCAGACACGACCCUGGUCUUGAGGUCCUAGGCUUUGGCUUAGGUCCGUCACGUUCAGGUUCGUCAUCCUCAAGCCACGGCUUGCUGGAGCUCGAACCCGAGACGAUGACAGUUCCAGUCACUUUAAAAACGCCAUGCGAGACACUCGUUCAACAUGCCAAUCUUGAUCAGGGUUCAAUCGCUGCCAGCGUGCCCGAGUCCAGUGGUAGCGGAAGUCGCAUUCAGCUCCAAACCACUGCUGCUCUAGCUAUACAACAAAGUGAUACGAAACCACGUUCACCGAGCGAUACCGUUGAGUUAGCAUCGAGGCCAGCCCAUCGGGUGGACUCAGCCCAGGAAAGUCUGGACAGCGUUCCCCAGGUAUCGAAGCAGGAUGCGACAGGCGGUGAUGAAAGGACUUCGCCGUUGACUAUGCAAACGAUGGGGCAGCCACCUGCUGGUGCUGAUGCUCAAGACUCGAUCGCUCAGUCGCCCACUCUACGGAAACAUGUCAUCCAGGUCGGAGAGAGCCCUGUUCACACUCUACCAGUCGUGCAUGCUGCCUCUUCCGCAGCAGAUACUGCAAUCACCAGCCAGAGGAAGGAGAGCCUGCCAUCAUUCCAGCAACUAGCCGACCUUGCGGAUAUAGCAUCACAACAGUCCACGGCUUCAGAAGCAAGACCGCCUAUACCUGCGCGUCAGCACAGCCAUUCCAUCAGCUCCAUCACCUCACAGUCGCCCAUGAUUCCAUACUUUCCGCCAGCAUACCCGCACAGCGCGCAAACAUCCCCUGCCGGCUUCAGCACGUCCGCGAGGUCGCCUACAGGUUCCGUUGGCGAGGUCCUAUACGGCUCGCCGACACUAUUUGCUCCCCCAAAGUACUAUCUUGAUCGCCGAUCGUCCAACGCGACAGUCGGGACCCCCGGCUUCCCGCCUCCCGUGCCUUCACUGCCAUUGGGGUCAUCUACCGAAAGUCAUGGUACGCAAGCAAGCUCAAGCACGGAUGGCUACAGUACUUCACACACCACGCCUAUCGAGCCAGGACCUCCUCCUCCAGACGGCAUCGCGAGAAUCCUUCCACCGCCGCCAGGAAUGCCGCUCAUCCCAGUUGGUGGAUUCAAAUGCGAUUACCCGGGAUGUAAUGCAAUUCCCUUUCAAACCCAAUACUUAUUGAGUUCGCAUAGGAAUGUGCACAGUCAGAAUCGACCUCACUAUUGUCCAGUGAGAGAAUGCCCCCGCAGUGAAGGUGGCAAAGGGUUCAAACGUAAGAAUGAGAUGAUACGGCAUGGUUUAGUGCACAAUUCUCCGGGUUAUGUUUGCCCAUUCUGCCCAGAUCGCGAGCAUCGAUAUCCUAGGCCAGACAAUUUGCAGAGACAUGUUCGCGUUCAUCAUGUCGACAAGGAUCGCGAUGAUCCGGCAUUGCGUGCGGUAUUAGCUCAGCGAUCGCAGGGUGCUGUACAGAAGCAGCGUCGGAGACGGACGCAAGGAUCAGAAGAAGACACACCUGAUGCCCGUCCGUGA